AUGGCACCGACACCAGACUGGGUGAAGCAAUUGAAGCCUUCGGGUCCGCAGGGGUCUGAAUUGCUCGCCGCCGAGCGCGGCAAGAGCGCCAUACAUGUAGAGAUGCUACAGCAGUUGCUACUCACACAAGAUGUCAUUGAGAGGAGGAAUAAGAUUCUAGGCAUCCUGAAGUCAGAGCCGGUCUUUGACAAGUCGUCCAACUACUUCUCCGGAAGAAUGGAGCGUUUCGAGCGAGCCCUCGCCCGCGAGAAGAAGCUCCAGCUUUUGAGGCGGAAGCACAACUGGAAUACAGACGAGCUCCGAACUGCUUACGAAGCUGUUGGAGAGCCUGGCCCCUAUGCCUUACACGAAUCCAUGUUCAAAAUCACCAUUGGCGAGCAAGGAACACCAGAACAGCAGGAGAAGUUCCUGAAGCCUGCCACAGACUACAAGAUUAUUGGCUGCUAUGCCCAGACAGAACUUGGACAUGGAUCUAACGUCCGUGGGCUGGAGACGACCGCGACUUGGAAUCCUGAGGACAAGUCCUUCACGAUCCACUCGCCACAUCUCACCGCUUCCAAGUGGUGGAUUGGAUCUCUUGGUCGAACUGCCAACUUCGCUUGUGUCAUGGCACAGCUUUACAUUGGCGGUAAGAGCUUCGGCCCUCAUCCUUUUAUUGUUCAGGUCCGCGACUUGAAGACACACGAACCGCUGGAGAACAUCCACGUGGGUGACAUCGGGCCUAAGUUCGGUUACAAUACGAUGGAUAAUGGUUUCCUACUUUUCAACAAGGUCAAGGUGCCGCACUUCAACAUGCUAGGCCGCUUCUCCAGAAUCGAUCCUCAAACCAACAAGUACGUCCGGCAGGGCAGCCCAUCCCUUAUUUACGGAACUCUCACUUGGGUUCGGUCGACCAUCGUCAUGCAAGCUGGCUCCGUCCUUGCCCGCGGCGUAACUAUCGCAACCCGCUAUUGUGCCGUCCGACGCCAAUUCCAGGACCGUGAUGCACCGCAAGGGGAGACGGGCGAGAACCCUGUCCUCAACUACACGAUGGUACAGAUCCGUCUACUUCCACUCCUCGCUGCCACUUUCGCUUUGCACUUCACUGGGAAAGGCAUGAUGAACCUGUAUCAGGAGAACCAGAAGCGGAUGAACGAGAGUGGCGCGAAGCGGGAGUCAGACAGGCGAGGUGCUGGACCUGAAGAGAUACAGGCAGGUAGUGAUAUCCUCGCAGAUCUGCACGCUACUUCCUGCGGACUCAAGGCUCUCUCGAGUACUAUUGCUGCUGAAGGUCUUGAAGUAUGUCGCCGAGCUUGUGGUGGUCACGGAUACUCCGCCUUCAGUGGUAUCGGCUCUUGGUACGCUGAUUAUCUCCCCACCGUAACAUGGGAGGGAGACAACUACAUGUUGACCCAGCAGGUGGCUCGUUAUCUUCUCAAGUCCGCCCGCUCCGUCCUUUCCGGCGCAAAGCCAACCAAUGACACCACCCGCAUCCUAGGUGACUUCUGUGCUCGCUCAGAGAUCGGAUGUGCAUUCGACAUCCUCGGCUCCGACGAAGACCUUGUGUCGGCCUUCGCCUGGCGCACCUCCUUCCUCACCUUUGAAGCCCUAAAGCACCGCGACGAUCUUAAGAAGCCCUGGAACGACCUUCUUGUCGACUUCUACCGCCUCUCCAAGGCCCACUCGCAGUAUCUCGUCGCUAAGAACUUCUAUCAGGCGCUCAAGCACGGCAACAUCGGCAGAGAGGUUGACGCCACGACCCAGGAUGUUCUCUGGAAGCUGUUCCGCCUCUGGGCGCUGCACACCCUUGAGCAGGAAGGCUCCGAGUUCUUCGCUUCGGGGGCGUCGUCAAGGCACCAAAUCAGUCUGGCUAGGACGAAUGCUGUGAUGAAGCUGUUGAAGGAGAUCAGACCGCAUGCGGUGCGCCUGGUAGAUGGUUGGGGCUUCGAUGACUGGGUAUUGGAUUCUUCGCUUGGAAGGUUUGAUGGCAAGGUCUACGAAGACAUGUUCUACAGGGCGAGUGAGCUAAACCCGUUGAACGGGGUGACUGUGGAUCCGUACCCGGAGAACGAGGUGUUGUUCAAGAAGGUGGAGCCGUUGGCAAAGAGCAAAUUGUAA